AUGUGGCGAGACCGCACCAACCUCUACAUAUCCUACCGCCAAUCCUACGCUCACCACCCGGCCAAGAAGACGCGGUACGGGCCGGGACCGAGCCGCGAUGGCUUCACGGACACGUACGAGGGGCGCGGUAGCAGCAACGGGGGCGAGGACACGCAGGGCCUGCUCUCCAACGCGGCCGACUACGACAACGACGGGGACGGCGACGCCGUCAUCGAGAUGGACCUGCUGCCGCCGCGCUGGGCCGACAUCAGCGACGAGGUGUCGGACCACCUGGCCGACAUCGCGCGCAAGUCGCAGACCCUCGAGCGCCUGCACCAGAAGCACGUCCUGCCGGGGUUCAACGACGAGGACGCCAAGCGCGCCGAGGAGAGCGAGAUCGAGCGCCUGACUCAGGCCAUCACGAAGGGCUUCCACGACUGCCACAGGUGCAUCCAGCGCGUCGAGGCCAUGGUGCGCGAGGGCAACAUGACCCGCGCUGAGGAAACAAUGGCGCGGAAUAUACAGGUCAGCCUCGCCGGCCGCGUGCAAGAGGCUAGCGCUGGGUUUCGGAAGAAGCAGAGCGCAUAUCUCAAGAAGCUUCGCGGCAUGUCCGGCUUCGGCACCCUCACCCCAACCAACGAGCGCGCAUCCGCGCCCUGGCUGGGAAAUAACAGCACAAACUACGCUGCAGACCCAUCGCUCCAAGAAUCCGACGCCGACCGCUCCUACUCGCAGACGGCGCUGCAACAGACGACACAGCAGCGCAUGCUGGGCAGCAACGACGCCGCCAUCUCGCAGCGCGAGCGCGAGAUCGAGGACAUCGCCCAGGGCAUCAUCGAGCUGUCGGACCUGUUCCGCGACCUGCAGAACAUGGUCAUCGACCAGGGCACCAUGCUCGACCGCAUCGACUACAACGUCGAGCGCAUGGCCACCGACGUCAAGGGCGCCGAGAAGGAGCUCAACAUCGCCACGGGCUACCAGAAGAAGACCACGAAGCGGAAGCUGAUCCUGCUACUGGUCCUGCUGAUUGCGGGCGCCAUAAUAUUGCUAGUCAUCAAACCUAAGAACCACGGCGGCGGUGGUGGGGGAGGAGGGGGAGGGGAUUCUGGAGAUUCGGGAGAUCCGGGGGAUGGCGGAGAUGGAGGGUGA